AUGCUUCGCAGGUACCUCUCGAUCGCACAUCAGCACAGAAGAGACAUCUAUGUCUCGGCCUGGACGGGUUCACACUUCCGGGGCCCGCAAUGGGUUUUCUACCUCGAGGGUGGGUGGCAAUCGACCACAUUGCAACCAAUGAUUGAUUGUCUUGGAUGGAGUGCGCCUCUGCUUUCCCUGCAGCUGACUGAGAGAACAGUAAACUGCCCAAGGGGGCCAAUUAAAAAAGGAGUAUGUAGAGGCCCUUUUGUGGAUCAAUAUGGAGUAAUGGUUUUACCUCUGGACCAUUUGUUAUUCUUCCGGUAG